ACGUUCGAUCCACACAUACCAAAGUAUAACAUGAAGACAACAGUAGACAAACCAAUCAUCAAUACAAUCGGGUCUUCUCGAAGGUCGAUUCCUAAUGGAAUUCUUAAUAUCAUCGUUUGGAUUUUCAAUAGUAGUACAUCCUCUUCGAAUGGAGUUCCAAACGUCAUCAACAUAAUUGCAGCUAACAGAUUUUGGUCAAAAUGAUGUUGUGAAUGAUGCACCAGAUGAAAAAAUAGAUUUUGGUGGGAAUAAUGUGCUUCCAAACAGUUGCAGAUGGGAAAUUUGGAAGUCGAGAAAUUAAGUCUUGAAUCUGCGACCUAUACAUGGAGGGAAUAAGGAAACCAUAAUCUGGGUUUGGGGACCAGAUCAACCUACAUGGACGUUUAGCCAACUGAUGACAGUCAAGAGAACUGAGAAGCAAAAAAAGAUAAUUUCUUUCCCUUUCAGCCCCCUCCCUCUUAAAGUGAAAUUGAGAUUCAAAUUCCAAGAAGCCCUCUCACCUGAGAAUGAUAAGAUGUCAGAGAUCCGUGCAUCAGGAGAAGAUGUGGCAGCAACGAUUCGGGGGGAAGACUUUGACAAGUGUCAUACCGAGAAUUCAUGUAUAGUGCCAAAAAGAGACAAAAUUUCCUCCUCCUUUAUCGAUAUAAGCAAGUUUCCAAAAAAUGUCAUAUUCCUUGGUGAUAUUUGCCCUGACAGAAUCAGCGAAACCACUUCUAACACGACAACAUGACAUCGUAUUAUGAUAUUUGAUAUCAAUGAGAUUGCGCCACCAUUUAUCUCUCUCGUCGGCAAAUUUCCACAUCCAUUCAGCCGGAAGAGAGCUAUUGAAAGUAGCUAAAUAAACAAUUCCAAGCCCGCCGCCAUUAGCUUUAGAUGCUUUGCACGUAUACCAUCCAACAAGAGACAUCUUAUGCCUGUCCUCUGCGUCACUCCACAUGAAUUUUCUUUGAAUUCUCUCCAUGUUGUACACAACUUUCUUCGGCGCGCCCCCGAAUAAGGAAAACUAGUUCGACCUCGACUCAUUUGCGGUCUACUCUGGAUUUCAAACCUCAUAUUGUUUAUUUUUUUUUAGGGGUACCCCAUAUUUUACAGCAUAAAAAAUAAAAAAGAGAAGACAAAUGCGGGACAGUGAAUCUAUAGCUUUAUAUUAAACAAAGAAAAAGAGAAGAACUGGGUGAAGGAGUUGUGAGUAGUAAUUGUUACUUGUUCGAGAUCUGCCACUGACUGGGUUCCAAAUUUUUGCGAUUCUUCCGUUUUUUUCUUUUGUUACAGUCCCCCAAGUGCCACAGUUGGUGUUCACUUCACUCAGCACACGUUACUUCUUCUUCCCUUCUCUCAGUCUCAGUCUCUCUCCGUCCUGAGUUAUCAUUAUUCAAAUCAGAAAAAAGUCCACUAACCCCUCUGUUUAUAUUUGGGGCUUCAUUCCCUUGUUUCUCUUUCUUUUCCCCUGUUCCCAAAAAUCGAAAUGCAAGAAAGCAGCUGUUUUCUACUCUGAAACUCGAAUGUUUUGCCUUUCCCUCUUCUCAAAGCCCAGGUUUUCGAUGAAAGCCUUCUGCCCAUAAAUCUGUUCUACUCUCUCUCUCUCUCUCUCUCUGUUUCUCUCAAAGGGCUCUGUUUUUUUCUUCCCAUCCCCUGUUUUUGCUUUCACAAUGGGUGGUGGGUCUUUGAAUGUAUUCUCUGCAAGACACCUUCUGGUGGCUUCGCUGGCCUUAAACGCGAGCCUGCUCUUCAGGGUUUACAUCGGAGGUUUCAGCCCAGCUCUGGACCUGCUCUCCCUCUGCUCACUCUCUGUUAGUAAGGGUUAUGAAGCUGCUGCCCCUGAUGUUGAUGCUGCUUCUCCGGCCGCCGUAUCAGUUCUUGCUUCUUCUUCUAAAACGGCAGAGCAUAGAUUGGUGGACCACGGCAGAAUCAUCAACCUUGACCACGGCGACCCAACGAUGUACGAGAAGUUCUGGCAGGGAACCGGAGACAGAGCCACGAUUGUGAUCCCAGGCUGGCAGUCAACGAGCUACUUCUCUGACCCGGGGAACCUCUGCUGGUUCCUCGAACCGGAGCUCGGUCGACAGAUCGUCAGGCUCCACGGCAUCGUCGGCAAUGCCGUCACCGACGGCCGACACAUCGUCGUCGGCACAGGCUCCACGCAGCUCUUCUUGGCCGUCCUCUACGCUCUCUGCCCGCAGAAUGUCACCGACCCUGUUAGCGUCGUUUCCAUGGCGCCCUUCUACUCUUCGUACCCUACGACGACGGACUGCCUGAGGUCGGGUUUGUACAGGUGGGCAGGGGACGCCGCCUCUUUCGACGGCGGCGACGGGCCGUUCGUCGAAUUGGUGACCUCGCCGAACAACCCAGAUGGGUUCUUGAGGGAUCCGGUGGUGAAUCGAAGCGGCGGGGUUUUGGUUCACGAUUUCGCCUACUAUUGGCCGCAGUACACUGCCAUGACCUCGCCGCCGGCGAAUCACGACAUUACUCUGUUCACCGUCUCCAAAUCCACCGGACACGCUGGAAUCAGGAUCGGUUGGGCGCUGGUGAAGGACGCUGACGUGGCGAGGAAAAUGACGAAAUUCAUCGAGCUGAACAGCAUCGGCGUGUCGAAGGACUCGCAGCUGAGAGCAGCCAAGAUCAUGAAGGUCGUUUCCGACGCGGAGGAGGACGGAUCAAAGCAGGGCGAUCCGCCGGCGGUGGCAGCUCGUUCGCUGUUCGAAUUCGGGUUCGAGAACAUGGAGGAACGGUGGCGGCUGCUGAGGGAGGCGGUGAAACAGAGCAGUUUGUUCAGCUUGCCGGACUACCCUGCCCAGUUCUGCAAUUUCAACCGCCGAUCCUUCGGGAACCAACCCGCAUUUGCGUGGUUGAAGUGCGAGGGGGAGAUUGAAGACUGCGAAGGGUUUUUCAGGGAGAAGAAGAUACUGACGAGGAGCGGAGUUCAUUUCGGAGAUAGCCCCAAGUACGUUAGAAUAAGUAUGCUGGAUCGUGAUGAUAAUUACUUGGCGUUUAUAAAGAGAUUGAGGAGCUUAUAGCUACAGAGCAUGGGUGGGUUACUGUUGCUAUGGUGAUGGGGACGACGACUAUUUUCAGUGACGGAUGUUAAUUUUAGUUUUUCUUUUUCUUUUUGGUACGAGCUUUGUAUAUUCUUUUCUUUUUUAUUAGGGUUUGCUAUCUAACAGUUAGUUACAACAGCACAUAGUUGGAUGAAUCAAUUUGGUCUAGGUUGAAUCGAUCGAUGUCCACCCCUUAAUUAGCUAGGUGUUAGAUUGGUGUCGGAUGAGUCUAUGCAACUAAAGAAAACAAACUCGAACGGUUGAUUUCUUUGUUGAGUGAACGAGAGAGAGGGCAAUAACGUUUUGAUAAGAAA